GUGUGGCUCAGGUCUGUGUUGUCAUCAAGUCGAGUCUGGAGCGGCGAGUCAGUUUGUGCUGGUGGCCGCCGCGGCACUUUCUCACUCGUUUCUCUCAUCUCGACACUAACCCCGAUAAUAUUUGACGUGGUGGUGGGUCCUGUGAGAGACUUAGUUUAGUGGAGGAGUCGGCACAAUGGCCGCUGGGAACGUGUCGAUCAACAGCACGAACGCUGAGUUUGGGGGAGUGGGCGACCCAGAGGCAGUGGUGGGCGUGAGUAAAAAGGAGCGUGCUCCCUUGUUAACACAGCGCAAACUGUUUAGAAGCUUAAGUGGAAGGGACAUUUCCAAUAAUAGCUUGGAAGAGAAUAAUGACACGCAUCGUACACUUGGCACCUUUGAAGGAGUAUUUGCUCCUGUCUGCCUUUCACAGUUCAGUGCGCUGCUUUUCCUUCGUGCCGGAUUCAUCGUAGGGAACUUGGGUCUCCUGGCAUCAUGUGGCUCGCUGACACUUGCAUACUUGAUACUGCUUUUUACUAUCCUAUCAAUAUGUGCCAUAUCUACCAACGGUGCUGUUGAAGGAGGCGGAGCAUACUAUAUGAUUAGCAGGACUCUAGGACCAGAGUUUGGGGGAGCCAUUGGUGCACUCUUCUUCUUUGCCAACAUAUUUAGCAGUGCUCUUUACACGACUGGUUGUGUAGAGGGCUUGGUCGACAACUUUGGUGAGAGUGGUAGAAUUGCACAAGUUUUACCAGAGGGAAGAUGGUACAGCUUUGGCUAUGGUUCGGCUGUGAAUGUCUUCAAUAUGAUGGUCUGCCUCAUUGGUGCUGGACUGUUUGCAAAAUUAACAGUUGUAAUCCUCGCUGUUGUCAUCUUCUGCCUUCUGUCAGUCAUUCUCAGUUUCCCCAUAAAUAAUUUUGAAAUUGAAGUACAAAUACCAGCUGCCAAUCCUCUUGUGAACAGCUCGUAUGAGUUAAAUGGUACCUACACAGGAUUUUCCUCGGUUACAUUUGGAGACAACCUUUGGCUUCCAAAGAAACCAUAUCGUGAUUACACCACAUGCAGCGAGGACAACUAUGAAACCUGCAGUGUGGUCACCUUUGCCCUGACCUUUGGAGUGUUGUUCAGUGGUGUAACGGGGAUUAUGGCUGGAGCUAAUAUGUCUGGCGAGCUAAAAAAGCCAGGACGAAGUAUCCCGUUGGGUACACUCAUGGCAACUUUCUUCACCUACUUGACGUAUCUCUUGGUCUUUGUUUUGACUGCUGCUACAUGCGAGAGAUUUUUACUCUGUAACAACUACAUAUAUAUGAUGGGCAUUAACAUAUGGAAACCUUUCGUUACCAUUGGGAUUGUGACAGCCACACUAAGUGCCAGUUUGAGCAACAUCAUUGGAUCUUCAAGAGUUUUGGCGGCACUAGCAAAGGACAAUAUUUAUGGGAAAAUGACACGUUACAUUGGAUUAAUGUCGUGGGGAAAUAACCCAGUGGGUGCUGUUGUUACAUCGGCCAUUCUCGUGGAAGGUGUCCUGCUCAUUGGCGGACUAAACACAAUUGCAAAAUUUACUUCUAUUUUUUUCCUUCUCUCGUACUUGGCAACCAACUUGGCUUGUCUUGGGUUGGAGUGGGCUAGUGCUCCUAAUUUUAGGCCAACUUUCCGGUACUUCUCUUGGUGGACAACAUUGCUUGGAAUGAUUGGAAAUGGGGCAAUGAUGUUUGUAAUUAGUCCAUCAGUAGCUGGAAUCUGCAUCAUUGUGCUGCUGGUGUUGGUAAUCAUUCUUCAUCUGCAGUCCCCCUCAGAGCACCACCAGUGGGGGUCAAUAUCCCAGGCUUUAAUAUUCCAUCAGGUACGAAAAUACUUGCUUCUGUUGGACUCUCGAAAGGACCAUGUCAAGUUUUGGCGCCCUCAGAUGCUGCUCAUGGUGAACAACCCAAGAUCAGCAUGUCCGUUGAUUGACUUCACAAAUGAUCUAAAGAAAUCUGGACUGUAUGUUCUGGGUCAUGUUAAGGUUGCUGAUUGUAACGAGAUGAAGAAAGAUCCAGCUGCCGAGGAUUACCCUAAAUGGAUGGCACUUGUGGAUCAUUUGAAGGUUAAGGCAUUUGUCGAAGUUACUGUCGGCCACACUGUACGUGAAGGUUUGCGCCAUUUAGUUCGUGUUUCUGGACUAGGAGCCAUGAAGCCCAAUACAAUACUCUUUGGCUUCAGAGACAAUGCCCCUUCCCAAGAUUUCUUCACUAGGUUGAUCCUGCUGUCGCCAGAGUCAGAUGUAUACGAGAUUCCAGCAACCUUUUCCUACGGCUCUAUAGAGGCAGGGUCUGGAGAGUCGCCAUUCCAGGGGGAGUCUUCUCCAUUUAAUGUCGGCAACUACCAGUCGACAUCACCAACCUCUGCAUCUCCAUCCCUGCUGGCACAUGCCCCUGCCUCAGAUUCUACUAUUACUGCAGAAGAGUAUGUUGGAAUGAUUGCUGAUGUCCUCAAUUUAGGCAAGAAUGUUUGCCUGUGUCGGCAUUUCCAUCAAAUGGACAAGGCUGCUAUUCUAAGAAAGGACAACCGACAAAAGUUUUACAUUGAUGUUUGGCCAGUUGACUUUUUAAAUCCGGAUGAAUCUAACAUAUUUGGCACCACCUCACUCUUCUUGAUGCAGCUGGCAACAAUCUUAAAUAUGGUAUCAUCAUGGCGGAAAAGGACUAUGUUAAGAGUGUUUCUGUGUGUGUCAUCUAGAGAUGCCGAUCCAGAAGCCCAAAAGAAGCAAGUUGAGCACAUGUUACACGAGCUUCGCAUUAAUGCAACCAUUGUUCCUGUUCCUUGGGACCAUAUCACCACUCAUAUUGCUCACGAUACAAGUGAUUCUCAGUCUGAAGCAGAGGCAGAUGCAGACUCCCUGUCACACCUUAAUGAUGCUUAUAUCAAUGGUGUCAAUGGACUUAUCUCGGGACAGAGUGUAGACACUGCUGUGACGUUCCUCUACCUGCCUCGCCCUCCAGAGAUGCCAGCUCAUUAUCCUCGUUACCUUGAGUUACUGACAAGUAUUACUAAUGGCCUCAGACCUACAGUUAUGGUGCAUGGAAUAUCUGCUGUCACUACUACUAACCUAUAGCUCCAUCCAAGUAAAAUAAACAGUAUUAAACUGAUAGAAUUGGUGGCAUAAAAAAAGCACAAUAAGCACAUUUUGUGUAUGUGAUAAGUAUAAAGCAUAUAUAUAUAUAUAACCUGGGCACAGAUGACUGUGACCCUUUUUAGUAGCUGAUUUAUAUAACAAAUAAUUUAUCUAAUUUAUUUCUGUACACUAUAGGUUUUAACCAGUGUUUGGUAACAAAAUGUCAUGUAGUCCUGGAAUGAGAUGUCUACUCUAAUUUUAUUGAACCUCCCUAAUCAUUUCUUUAAAACUAGUUCAGUAGUUGAAUAUGUUGUCUUAGCAAAAAGUUUUAUUUUUACUAGGAAAUAAUUAUAGGUGAACAUAUUUAAAUUGGGGGUAUAGAUUUUUGUAUUUUUCUGCACAAUCUAAACGGCAAUUAAUCACUAGUAUGCAUAGAUGUUCUAACAAUUUUUGUUGGUAAUUUUAUUUAAAAUCAAUUUUCCCAAUGAAAACCCAGUGUUAUUACAGGAAUUAAACAUAAUUGACAAGGUAGAAAAUGUAGUUUUUGCAGAGUUCUGGCAAGUUACUGAUUGGCCAUGUCUUUAUUAUUAAAAUUGAGUGAAAGUCUUGUUUUAAGGUUGUAUUCACUCUUCAUUUUAAUGCAGACUUUAAAUCAGUGUUGGUUACAAACCUUGCAAGACAAACUCCAAAGGUACUGCUAGUGAACUUGCGUGUUCAGUUUUCCUCGAAGACUGUAUGGUCUGCCUCUUGGCGAGUACUACUCUUGCUAGUGCAGGUAUUUUAUAUGGUUGUGUAGUUUUCAUAGUAUUUAAUUAUCUUGUGAAUUAUAUGUCUUGCCAUUUUUAAUAAAUUGUAAAUUGUAUAUUAAAUUAUAGAUUACCUACUAGCACUAAGAAUUUUGAUACUUUCUAAAACAUGGUAAUGGAUAAAAUACCAAAAUCAUGCGACAAAAUACAACAAAUUCAUUAUUUCAUUAUAGUAACAAUUUUGACAAUUUCCUCGCUCUUUAAAAUAUGGUAUUUGAUUUUUAUAUUUUUUCUGUGCAGUAUUUAGGUGGUUAAACUUUUCCCCCUUGGUUUAUGGUUGUACAAUGUAUACUUCAUGUCUUGUAUGUAUAUUUAAUAUACAUAUAUAUAGUAUAGCUUACAAUGUAUAGUUCACCUGUACAUUGUACUGUAUAAAACAUUUAUCAUGCCUCCAAUGCACAAAUUUAGAUGACAAAAUCCUCCCCCCCCCUUUUACUGUUUCUACUCUUUACAACAAUGGUACCUUUAUUUGUGUGUAGGGAUGAUUUACGAAGAUUCCCAUUAUACUAAAUUACUAACUUUUUUAUGGCUAUUAAAAAGGGGGGG